GCAAGAGGUCACCCACCGCACCUCCAGCGAGCCCGACACAGACCAGACAGGCGACCCACAAUGGAAGCUGCAGAUGCCUCCAGGAGAAGUGGGGCCAGCCUGGAAGCCAGGGGUGCCCGCAGCUUGCUGGGCCCCAAAGGCAGCCUGGAGAAUGAGGCCAAGGGCGAAGGCAAUGAGGCCAGGAUCACCAACGGCCACGGCAGGGAAGCAGCCGAGGGCAAGAGCCUGGGUGGCUCCCUGAAGCCAGGCGAGGGAAAGGGCUCCCUGUUCUUGGGCAACAAGGGGCAGCGGCCCAUCAUCCAGUUUGUUGAGUCUGUGGAUGACAAGGGCUCCAGCUAUUUCAGCAUAGAGUCUGGAGAAGGCAAGGUGUCCCCCUAUGCCAGGCUCCAGCUGGGGGCCACCAAGAAGCCACCUGUCACCUUUGCUGAGAAGGGGGAGCUGCGCAGGUCCAUCUCCUCGGAGCCCCGCAAGCCCACGGUGUCGGUCACGGAGCCUGGGGACCUCUGGCAGAACAGCUCCCCCCGGGCCGCCUCGAGCACCCUCCUGCGUUCCAGGUUGGGCUCCGACGAGGUCCUGUGCGACUCGUGCAUUGGCAACAAGCAGAAGGCCGUCAAGUCCUGCCUGGUGUGCCAGGCCUCCUUCUGCGAGCUGCACCUCAAGCCCCACCUGGAGGGCGCCGCCUUCCGUGACCACCAGCUGCUCGAGCCCAUCCGGGACUUCGAGGCCCGCAAGUGCCCCCUGCAUGGCAAGACCAUGGAACUCUUCUGCCAGACGGACCAGACCUGCAUCUGCUACCUCUGCAUGUUCCAGGAGCACAAGAACCACAGCACUGUGACCGUGGAAGAGGCCAAAGCCGAGAAGGAGACAGAGCUGUCACUGCAGAAGGAACAGCUGCAGCUCAAGAUCAUCGAGAUCGAAGAUGAAGCUGAGAAGUGGCAGAAGGAGAAGGACCGCAUCAAGAGCUUCACCACCAAUGAGAAGGCCACCCUGGAGCAGAACUUCCGAGACCUGAUGCAGGACCUGGAGAAGCAAAAGGAGGAAGUGAAGGCUGCACUGGAGCAGCGGGAGCAGGACGCUGCAGACCAAGUGGAGGUGAUCGUGGAUGCUCUGGAUGAGAGGGCCAAGGUGCUGCAGGAUGACAAGCAGACCAGGGAGCAGCUCCACAACAUCAGCGACUCGGUGCUGUUUCUGCAGGAAUUUGGUGCCUUGAUGAGCAGUUACUCCCUCCCCCCGCCCCUGCCCACCUACCAUGUUCUAUUGGAGGGGGAGGGCCUGGGGCAGUCGCUGGGCAACUUCAAGGACGACCUGCUUAAUGUGUGCAUGCGCCACGUUGAGAAGAUGUGCAAGGGGGACCUGAGCCAUAACUUCAUCGAGAGGAACCACAUGGAGAGUGGGGGUGACCAGCGCUACGUGAACAGCUACGGUAACAGCUACAGCAGCGAGUGGGGUGCUCCAGACGCCGCAAAGAAGUACUCCCUGUACCUCACGCCCAAGGGUGGGGCCAGGACGUCGUACCAGCCGGUGUCCCCCAACCGCCUCUCCAAGGAUAAGACCUUCAACAAUCUGUAUGGCACCAAAGGUAACUACACCUCCCGGGCCUGGGAAUACUCCUCCCCCAUCCAGAGCUCUGAUGACCUGCCUGCCAUGCAAGGCAACUCUUCCUUCUCCCUGAAAGGCUAUCCUUCCCUCUUCAGGAGCCAGAGCCCCAAGGCCCAGCCCCAGACUUGGAAAUCCAGCAAGCAGAAUUAUCUGUCGCACUACCGGCCCUUCUGCGUCAACAAAGGCAACGAGCUCAGGUCCAGCGAGGCCCCAUGAGUGCCAGGCCGGCAGGAACGAGGCGCCGCCACCCCUGCCCGCCCCAGUGGCCCUGCUGCUCUAGCUGUUCCGCUCAUCUG